AUGGCUUGGUCCAAAUUAUCUCAGGUGAAGGAUGACUCCAAAAAUGCACUGUCCUUAGAGAAUCUGAGUGAGGAAUAUGUCACUAGUUAUAAUGAUGUGACACAAAUUCUAAUUAAUGGCCUCUCUAGCAGAAAAGUUAGAGCAACAACCUUAAAUUCUAAGAGCUCUAGAUCUCAUAUCAUUUUCACUAUUGUGAUUGAGUCUUGGUGUAAGGGAGCCUCAACAAACGGUUUCAGUAGUUCAAAAAGUAGCAGAAUUUGCCUUAUUGAUCUUGCUGGACAGGACAAGAACAAAGUUGAUGGGGCAGGCAAACAAUGUCUAAGGGAAAUCAGUUGGAGAAAAAAGAAGCAGGAAGUGUGUAAUUGA